CUAUUAUAAUUUUUGUUAUACUUUAAAGAAGUGAUUACAAAUUUUUUUCUUUAUUAUUUUUAUUUAUACUUUUUAUUGAUAGCUUUUCGUAUAUGUUUUCACUUUAUGCUUAAUUAAAGUGAUGUUGUGAUUAUGUGUUUGUUGGAAACGGCCUAUGAAAUAAUUUAUGAAUAAGAUAUAAGAAUUAGUUUAGUGACGAAAAAAAGAAAAUCGAAACAAUAAAAAAAAGCAACAGGCUAAUAAAAUAUGUCAAAAACAAAACAAAGUUUCGGCAUGGAUUUGAAUGAUGAGGCUUCAAAGUUACUUGAAAAGGCUCUAUCCUCAUUUGAUGGAAUAAUUUUAGAUGAUCGAAAUUCGCAACCAUCAACAUUAAAUGUAUUGUCUGCAGCAACAACACUUUCAUUAGCUUUGCAACAGUGCAAAAAUACCCCUUCUCCGCCGGACAAAGAAACCGCAGAAGUUAUAAAUGCGUGGUUGGAAGUAUAUAUGCCACGCCAAGAUAACUCAUCUGAACGUGUUCGUCGUUUGCAGUCAGAUAAAGAUGCUCUUCAGCUACAAAUCCAAAUUUUAACUGAACAAAUUAAUGCACAAAAUGAUAAAUUAAAAGAUAUGGAGAUGACUAUUAAUGAAAAAAAUCACCAGUUACAAAAUACUGAAGAUUUAUUGAACAGAGAAAUGUUGUCAAGAUCAUCACUGGAAACACAAAAGCUUGAAUUAAUGCAAGCCAUUAGUGAAUUUAAAUUGCAACAAGCCACAUUGGAGCGGGAAAAUUAUGAAUUGCGUACAGGAGUGUUGAAGAGCAGCUUAACAAAUCUUAAUAAUUCACAAUCGCCAUAUAGUAGUAAACGUUAUGCAACGCAACAGAUUGCAGCCAAUAAUCAGAAGAAUAAUAAUACUCUUAGUGGAAGUCAUGGCAAUUUAUCACAAAAUUUGGCUCUUGCUAAUUCUUCAUCGCCUGAAUUUUCUCGACAACGCUCAGACAUUCAUUAUAGUAGUCUUCCAAGACAAUCAUUCGCUACAUCAACAAUGUUGUCGCUAUCCUCAUCGGGGGGUUUAAAUGGAAAUGCUCAAGACAAUUCAGAAAUGAAUAACACACCUCGAAGAAAUGUUGUUUUUGCAGAUAAAGAUAAAGUUAUAGAUGACAGCAUAAAUAUCCCUCAAAGGAGUUAUCAAGUUCAAGCAUUAACAUCUCCAUCGAUGAGUCAUAAGCACAAGGGACUUCGCGGAAUAUUUGAAAAGAUGAAACAUAGUUCUAAUAAUAAUGGAAAUGUUAGUCUAGUUGAGGAUUCUUCAAAUAUUGAAAAUGAAUUUGUACGAGGUGGUAUGAGAGCAACUGCUGGGCCACGAUUAGGUUGGAGUACACAAGAAACUAAUAAGAAACCUUUCAAAGAAUGGGAUUCUGAAAUGUUGUGUGUGUGGUUUGAAGAAUUAGGCUUGGAUUAUGUAAUUGAAAAUGCAAGACGAUGGUUAAAAACUGGAGAAGACAUAUUAACGUGUGCUCCACAAGAUAUUGAAAAGGAACUAAACCUUAAAUCACUCCUUCAUAGAAAAAAAAUCUUGCUAGCUAUGGCUGAUGUAGGUGAACAAGAUAAUGAUGAAAUGCUUAGAAAUGCAGGAAAACUUGAUACAGCAUGGGUUUUAAGAUGGCUUGAUGAUAUUGGGCUACCACAACACAAAGAUGAAUUUAUCGCAGCAAGAGUUGAUGGACGUGUUCUUCAUCGUUUAACAUUUGAUGAUUUGGCAACAAUGCAUAUCAGCUCUUGUCUUCAUGCUGCAAGUUUACGUCGCGGAAUUCAAUUAUUACGUGAGCAGAACUUUAAUCCAGACUGUCUGAUUCGUAGACUUGGUGAAAUUGAUAAAGAUAAAAUUGUUUUCUGGACAUCCCACUGCAUAAUGGAAUGGUUACGUAUGGUUGAUCUAGCAGAAUAUGCUCCGAAUUUACGUGGAUCAGGUGUUCAUGGAAGCCUUAUGGUCAAUGAUGUUAAAUUUAAUGCAGAACUUUUUGCUGAUUUACUCUCAAUUCCUUCAAGUAAAACAUUAUUGAGAAGGCAUUUACAGACACACUUCAAAGACCUUUUAGGUCGUGAUUGCAUUCAACUAAAGCGUGAGGCUGAAAAUACUUUAGGAUAUAUUCCGCUUACAAUCACAGGAAAGAUAAAGACACCUAAAAAGUCACAAUUUUCUCUGAAGCGUAAGAAAAGUAUUAGGAACGAAGAAUCAGAAUUCAGCAACUAUGUGUGCCCAAUGACAGGUAUCUCUUCAGAAAAUAUUCAGAAGGAGUCCGAAGAAUAUGAUGAUUUAGAUUCCAAUGGAAACACAAAAAAUAAUAGUACAGGGCGACCAAGUGUAAGGAGUUGCUUUGCAGCAAAAUAAUGAAUUCAAUAUGACGUUUGUCAUUAACGAAUAAUGGACCAAUAAAGUAUCUACAUGUAUAUUUAAAAUUAAAAGUCUUCCAAAAAGUAGACUUUAAAUUGCUUCAUUUUUAUUCUUUUGUCAUUCAACAAUGACAUUUUUUGCAUUUCUGCUGCACAUAAGCUACUUACUUUCAUUAACAUCCAACUAUUCAUCCCUAUCAGUGAGAUAAUCUGUAAACUAAUAAAUUUACACUAAAAAACAUAUUUUAC